CGGUCGCCCAGACCAGACGGUUGGUUUAUACGGCACGGAGGCGGCGGUGCGCGCGCGACCCCUUACGAGUACGACGGUCCCUCAUUCCUCUCGUCUUGUCCCGCCUGGCACACGGUCGGCGCCAAAAGCCAGAGCCACCAGCAGCAGCCACCACGCGGCGCUCUCACGCUCUAUCUCUCUCUCUCUCAACUCUGGCGAUUGACGAAGCAGCAGUUACUUCAACUUACUGACUGCUGCCAUCAUCUUUGGCGCCAGCGGUAAACACACACACACAUCCAUACCCGACCGCCAACCUGAACCCCCUUCGGAUCCCUGAUUUAUAUUUUUGGGGAGGGCGCCCAACGACGCCCACCGCCCGCGCGCCCUCUCACCUUUCCAGCCGCCCGCCGGCGAACCCUCGCAAAUGUGUCAUUACCGUGUAUGUUAAACGAGGGGCAUGUCCAGUCACUGCUGAGGAGUUCGCGAAGGCGGCGGCGAUGGUGGGUGACCAAGUGUGCCAAGGGCAUGGCGCCGCUGUUCGCGAGUUCUCGUUGAAAUCGAAACCAUGCACUAAUUCCUUUUAGUUCGGUUCCUCCGGAGGACAAAGAAAACAACCCCCACCCCAAAAAAAAGGGGGCGGCGCCACGGACCUCUUCCCAUCUUACCGAAUAUCUAUUUUUUCAUUUAUUUAUUUAUUUAUCGUUCUUUUUUCAUUCAUCUGCGACUUUUUAAAAAAAUAAAAAUUAUAUAGAAGUGAUUUUUUGAAGUGUCUCUGAAUCUCUCGUCUGUCUCCGCUGUUUUGGGUUUUAGUUCCGUGACGCCUCGUUGGCCUCCGAAGGCGAGAGGCCUCCUCCUCGGGCACCCUGCUGUGGGAUAUUACUUCGGCAGGAGGCGUGAGCACCAUCGAAGGGCAGGGAGGUCCUUGGACGGAGGAGGAGGAGGAGGGUGAAGAAGAGGAGGAAGAGGAAGAGGAAGAAGAAGAGGGUGGCGCUACCGACGAAGAAGAAGGCCACCACGAAGACGCAGCAGCAGCAGGAACUGUAGUGGGCAAUGGUGGUGGUGGCGGCGGCGGGGGGCGCUGCUGGGCAUGGUGGGCAUCGCGACGACCUACAACGACGACUACGACGACGAAGGAGGUAGUCGUACCUGGCGCCGACGACAUGGAGUCGUGCGUGUCGCAGCAUUACGUGACGCCGGGCGCCACUUCCCUGCCCAUGAACGAAUACGUGCAGCUGCCGCCCGACAUGAGCGCCCACCCUUGCAACCCUGCCAUGACCUCUUAUCUGGAGUCCCUGCCCCCCGGAGUGGGCAUGCCCGAGUACCCCUGGAUGAAGGAGAAGAAGACGGUUCGGAAGCCUACCCAACAAGCGAGAUAUCACCAAGGUAUGCCUACCCCUCCUGGUUCGACUAUCAACUGUUCUUCCGUUGGCGCAGAACAUCCUAUCAAAUCUUAUGUUUCACCAGGUGUCCCAAACCAGCGGCAAUACUCCAGCAGGUCGACGGAGAACGGCCUGCCCCGCCGACUGAGGACGGCCUACACAAAUACGCAACUUCUGGAACUGGAAAAGGAAUUCCACUUCAACAAGUACUUGUGUCGACCUCGAAGGAUAGAAAUCGCCGCCUCCCUCGACCUGACGGAGCGACAGGUCAAGGUCUGGUUCCAGAACCGGCGCAUGAAGCACAAGCGCCAGGCGCUGGCCAAGGCGGACGAGCCGGAGAAGAAAGACCGACGUCACGGGCUGGACGACGCCACCAACAACAACACCAAGUCCUCGGCGCCUUCCUCCCCCGACAGCAUGUGCUCCUCGGACGUCAAGAAGGAGGAGAGUAACGACAGCCUGCCCCUGCCAGGAGUCUCCACAGCCACCGGCAUGCCGCCGACCACCGUGGGCACCGGAGUGGGCACCAAUGCCUGCCCCCCGACUCAGCCUCCUCCUCUCACGCCUAUGGACACAUCCAAGGUGAAGUGCGAAGAAGGCGGAGGCCUGCGGUACCCAGCUUCGGUGACUUUCGCUGGCGAGGGGAUCGGUAUGAAGGACGGCGGCCAGCCAGACACUGCGCCCCUCAACACGCCGCCCAUCCCUCGCGCCACACCACCACUGACACCCGCCACUCCUACGGCCUCUCCCGCCCACCUCACGGGGACGCGAGGAGUGCCAGGCUCACCCGCUCUCACAACCCCACCCAUCACCUCAGCUAGAGGGGCGCCCCCAACAUCUACAACCACUACUGCAGGCACUGCCAUCUCUUCAACAACAAAUUCUGUUUCACUACACGGAUUCGGUGCCAACUCUGGAGGUCGGGGUUCCGGGAGGGGGUCGACUUUCCCCUCUUACUGCAGUGGUGGAGAGGGCAAAGGGCGUGGUGCCACAUCUUCCAACUACCCAGGGGUCUACAGGGGCGCCUGGGCAAUGGACCAGUACAGAGUCAUGGGCCGAGCAACUCCUCCUCAAUUCAUGGGCAAUGCUGCCAAUCAACGCGUCUCCAAUGCCCACGGUUAUGACUACACUUGUGCCCAACAACAUCACCAACAGCAGCAGCAGCAACAACAACAGCAACAGAGGGGCCACAAUAUGUACAGCAGCGGUUAUGGGAUGGAUUCAUAUGGCUACAACCGUAACUACUACAACAACAACAUGAUGUGCAGCAGCGAAGGAUACGGAGGUUACGGUUACAUGUACGGAGGCAGUGGCAUGUAUGGAUGUGGUGGUCAAGGCGAGGCAACUGGCCACCACUACUAUGACUCUUACGGAAUGAGUGGCGCCACAGGUUACGACCACUCGGAGAAGGGCUCGGCAAUGGCUAACAUGGCCAACAUGGCCAACAUGAGUCAAACUGGGGGAGGAGGCGGAGGAUACUACGGCGGGAACGGAACCAACGGAAGCGGAGGAGGUGGCGAGGGCGUACCGUACCAGGAGCAGCAGUAUCCAAACCACCAACAGCAGCAUGACCACGACCUCAACUUCACCUUCAACUUCUUCGAGCAAGGAGGCGGUGGAAAUAGUGGUGGAAGUGCGGGCAGUGGCAGUGGCGGUGGUGGAAGUGGACCUGGUGGCGGAAACGGAGGGAACGCAGGUCACGGCGCAGGAGCCAACGGAAGCACGGCUCCGAGCGAGAACAGCAACUCGUCAGACUUCAACUUCCUUUCCAAUCUGGCCAAUGACUUUGCCCCAGAGUACUAUCAGCUCAGCUGAGCCAAAACUGAGCUGAGUGGCGAGAUAAUCUUACUAGAAAUUAACAAAGAUUGAAAACUACCCCACUGGAUGGAAUAUGCGGAAGGGACGGAAGCGUAGAAUGAUGAAAUGUCGUGAAAUAACAAAAAACCGCGGCUUCCCUCUUUCCCCAAUUUCCAAUCUGAAGAAAAUAACAUAAGAGUUAAAUGCUUUAAAUACUUAGGAUGGUGAGAGCCAUGCUGGGGCAUUUGAUCAACAGAAUUUUGUGUGGAAUAGUUGAAAGAUUCCAAUCGGGACCACAGAUAUUUUUAGUGACUGUUGUACCAUAGAAAAUCAAAGUUGUGUGUGCAUAAAAGAAAAAUAAUCUAGCCUUAUCAUGGCUAUAAAUAGGUAAUGACACUUGGAUAUAAUUACAUGGAUAACAAUGCAAGUGAUAUCAAGGCCCCAAGUCUACUUAUUAUAUCCAGGUUCAGAGGAUAUACUAUGAAAUAUGGUCUUUCUUUCCCCUUUAUCAUGGACUUAAAGGACAUAUUGAAGAUCUGCAUGGCACUAGGUGAUUAUGCAGAUCCCCCUGAUUCCCACAUAUAAGGGGGGCAAGCCCCAACCCCCCUCCCCCCAAAAUGAGUGAUGUAGCGCUGUGUUGCCAGUCAUUCCACACACCCCAUAAAGACCUCCUCCUCCUCCCAUUAGACCAAGUUCCCCCAAAAAACUUUGACCCUUGUAGAUGUUCCCUCCCCCCUCCCUUCCUCCCUCCUCCCACCCCUAACCCUACGCCCCUAAGAGAGGUUCUUUUUUGAAAGAUGCCGAGGUAGAUGUCAUAGUCACCCUUAUUCCCCUUCAUCCCGUAGGGUUAAGCUUCGGUCUCCCCAAGUGUCCUCGAGUUCGAGGUCACACUCGUGAUAAGGGGGUCGUCUCACGUUCUGUUUGUGGAAGUUUUGCAAGCAAUAAUUCAAGAUACCUUUUUCGUUUGACGUUUCGGAACAAAGCAGCAACAAGCAGAAUGGAGUGUUACUCCUACUCCCCUUCCUCCCUCGAUGGUGUCCGUGAUAGGACACCAACAGCUGAGGAAUCCUGUGAGGUUCUGUGAGCCUGAGUGAAAAGUCAGGUGCUUACACGCCCGGACUGUCCAUAGGAGAGAAAAAAAAUCAUAUCCUUUGUAGCAUACAGUCAACGUAGCGAGGAAAAAUAAUGGAAUGAGUGUCACUGUUGUCGUAAAAAUAUAAAAUUAAUACCUUCUGGACAAAAUAUCAAUGAAAAUAUUGUACAGAAAUACCACAGAUUCAUCUAAAACAAGACCUUUCGGUCUAACAAAGACAAUGAUGUAAAAGUAAAUAUCUUGUAAAAAGAGUAUAUUCCUUACGGUAGAGGUUGAAGCAAGGCUUAACCACUUAAUGAACUUUGUGUGUGUGUGUGUGUGUGCGUGUGUGUGUGUGUGAGAAACAGAGAGAGAGUCAUUUCUAAAACCGGUAACCACCAACCUACUAUCCUCCACGUGUGUAUUUCCCCGUAGUUAAACCUUUCAUUUACUGCUGAUAUAUAUCCGCUCCCCGAUCUAUGAACACAUGCCAGAAUCAGCCACUGAUAACCUAGUGGUGAUAACUUAACAUUUCGGGCUAAUAGGCAGCACCCUCCCUCCCCAGACACUCCCCCCCCUUAGGGGUAGUGGUGGGUAGGAACCCCCACGAGAAAAAAAUUACUCUGUGUUACACUGGAAAGUUGCAAUUUUCUCUUUUAUCAGAAAUUCAUGAUCAGGUGUGGGCAGACUCGAAAAGUAUUUGGAUUAACGUAGACAAGUGUUCGGACUUGCGUGAGUGCGUACGAGUAUAUCCCUUUCUUUUUUAAUGUGUCAUAAUAAGUCAUACGUGUCUUUGACUUCAUGGCAUCAUCACCGUUCUAAGAUUUGUUUGGAGUCGUCUUUGUUUAUAAAAUUGCUGGAUUAUGUACGUAUGUA